ACAAGCUGAAGAAGGACGUACGUUCUUGUCCCGCGCGCGGCUCGAUCAGCUUGGCAUGUCGAAGCCGCUGCGCGGGCCCAGGAAGCGGGCGAGGAGAGGCCUGUGGUCGCCGGAGGAGGACGCUAAGCUGAGGAACUACAUUGCCAAGUACGGCCACGGCUGCUGGAGUUAUCUCCCAAGGCUAGCAGGCAUCAAAAGGUGUGGAAAGAGCUGCAGGCUGAGAUGGUUGAACUACCUGAGGCCGGACCUGAAGCGGGGCGCUCUCUCUCAGGACGAGGAGGAUGCCAUCAUUCGACUCCACUCCAUCUUAGGCAACAGGUGGUCUCAGAUCGCGGCGCGGCUGCCAGGGCGGACGGACACCGAGGUCAAGAACUUCUGGCACUCCUUCAUCAAGAAGAAGCUCCGCCGGCGUGGCAUCGACCCGGUUACACACAAGCCUGUGAUCGCCGAGCAGCUCAUCUUGCCAUCCGUGGACCGGCAUAUGGCUCACGUUCACCCGGCCGUGACGGCACAAAGCUGCAUGUCCAUCGGGAGCUCGAGACGCAGGGCGGUGUUCAGUGAAGGUGAAGCGGGUGAAGCACAGGCCCAGCACAUCCUGCCAUCGGCGGUUCCUCCGGCGGUGACGGCAGGUAGCAAUGCGCGCCGCGGGCAUGAGGGCGCGCACGCUGCGAUGGUGCUCGGUGCCGAUGCGGCCCUGGCGCAACCGGGCUUCACUGGCUACCUGGACGCGAACGCCUCUGGUGGCGGGCAGCCGGCGGUUUUCCCACCCUGGAGCCGCCGGAUUUCACUGGCUACCUGGACGCGAACGCUUCCGGUUCCAUGCAGCCGGCGGCUAUCCCGGUGGCGUCGAUGGCUGGCCCAAACCCCUCGGGCACCAGCGCCUGCGCUGCCGCCUUCGCUGGCGAGCAGUGGAGCAACCGCACAAACAACGGCAGUCAGUUCGAGCUGAAACAGAGAGGCACCGCCUGGGCCACUGACCAACUCCGGUGGCCAAUUGGGGGCGGCUUUGACGCUGUCCGAGCGGCGCUGGACGACCUCGAGUGGCUCGACGACUUCAUGUUGGAUGUAUAACAGCUGAUGCCUAUGC